CUUUCUUUCUCUACUCGUCUAUAUAAAACCUUAUCUCAGCUCCACCUUCCGUCUUCGCUUCACAAGAGAGAGACCAUAAAAAUAUGUCUUCUUCGUUUCUCUCCUUCACUGCUUCCUUCUUUCUCUUUAUCCUUUAUCUUCUGGGUUCUUCCCAAGUUUCCGAUGGAGCUCAACAGGCAACAUACAUCGUUCACAUGGCCAAAUCUCAGAUGCCAUCAAGCUACGACCUCCACUCUCUCUGGUACGACUCCUCUCUCAGAUCCGUCUCAGAGUCCGCUCAACUGCUCUACACCUACAACAACGCGAUUCACGGAUUCUCCACUCGCCUAACUCCGGAGGAGGCCGACUCGCUCAUGACUCAGCCGGGCGUCAUCUCUGUUCUCCCCGAGCACCGUUACGAGUUACACACGACUCGGUCCCCGCUCUUCCUCGGCCUCGACGAACACAACAACGCAGAUCUCUUCCCUCAAACCGGCGCAUCCAGCGACGUCGUCGUCGGGGUUCUCGACACCGGAGUUUGGCCAGAGAGCAAAAGCUUCUCCGACAAAGGCUUCGGUCCGGUUCCGUCCACGUGGAAAGGCGGGUGCGAGGCUGGGACUAACUUCACCGCCUCCCUCUGUAACCGGAAACUAAUCGGAGCUAGAUUCUUCGCUCGGGGAUACGAAGCCACGAUGGGACCAGUCGACGAAUCCAAAGAAUCAAGAUCUCCUAGGGACGACGACGGUCACGGAACGCACACGUCAUCAACGGCGGCUGGAUCCGUGGUGGAAGGAGCUAGCCUCCUAGGCUUCGCUAGCGGAACAGCUCGCGGGAUGGAUCCACGCGCUCGUGUGGCGGUUUACAAAGUUUGUUGGUUAGGCGGUUGUUUCAGUUCAGAUAUUCUAGCUGCGAUUGAUAAAGCUAUCGAGGAUAACGUUAACGUUUUGUCUAUGUCUCUCGGCGGUGGGAUGUCUGAUUAUUAUAGAGACGGUGUAGCUAUUGGAGCGUUCGCGGCUAUGGAGAGAGGUAUAUUCGUCUCGUGCUCUGCUGGUAACGCUGGUCCAAGCCCUUUCAGUUUAUCGAACGUAGCUCCAUGGAUCACCACGGUUGGUGCUGGUACGUUGGAUCGUGAUUUUCCGGCGAUUGCGAUUCUAGGCAACGGGAAGAAUUUCAGUGGAGUUUCUUUAUUUAAAGGAGUUGCUCUUCCGGAUAAGCUGUUACCGUUUAUUUACGCUGGGAAUGCUAGUAACGCUACUAACGGGAAUCUAUGUAUGACGGGGACUCUGAUUCCGGAGAAGGUGAAGGGGAAGAUUGUUAUGUGCGAUAGAGGAGUGAACGCUAGGGUUCAGAAAGGGGAUGUGGUGAAAGCUGCUGGUGGAGUAGGUAUGAUCCUGGCCAAUACGGCGGCUAACGGAGAGGAGCUUGUGGCAGAUGCUCAUAUGUUACCUGCGACUACAGUAGGAGAGAAAGCUGGUGAUAUUAUCAGGCGCUACGUCUUGACAGAUCCGAAUCCAACAGCUUCGGUUUUGAUCCAAGGUACCGUGGUUAACGUCCAGCCGUCUCCCGUGGUUGCGGCGUUCAGCUCGCGAGGGCCUAAUUCGAUUACUCCCAACAUUCUCAAACCUGAUUUGAUCGCGCCGGGAGUCAACAUCCUCGCCGCGUGGACCGGAGCCGCGGGACCUACUGGACUUCCUUCCGAUCCUCGCCGCGUGGAAUUCAACAUCAUCUCGGGGACGUCCAUGUCUUGCCCUCACGUCAGCGGUUUAGCGGCUCUUCUCAAGUCGGCGCAUCCGGAGUGGAGUCCCGCGGCGAUUAGAUCGGCGCUCAUGACCACCGUGUACAGAUCCUACAAAGACGGGAAACCGAUCCUCGACAUCGCUACGGGGAAGCCUUCGACGCCGUUUGAUCACGGUGCAGGAUACGUGUCGCCGACGAUCGCCACCAAUCCAGGACUUGUGUACGAUCUAACGACGGUGGAUUACUUAGGCUUCCUCUGCGCGUUGAACUACACGUCGUCGCAGAUCAGAAGCGUUUCGAGACGCAAUUUCACUUGCGAUCCCACCAAGACGUACUCCAUCGCUGAUCUUAACUACCCUUCCUUCGCCGUUAACGUUGACGGAUCAGGAGCUUACAAGUACACGCGCACUGUCACGAGCGUUGGAGGAGCUGGGUCCUACAAGGUUGAAGUCACUUCGGAGAGUACAGCAGUCAAGAUUUCGGUUGCACCGGCGGUUUUGAAUUUCAAAGAAGUUAACGAGAAGAAAUCGUAUACAGUGACGUUUACCGUGGACUCCUCUAAGGCGUCUGGAUCUAACAGCUUCGGGAGCAUUGAAUGGUCAGAUGGGAAACACGUGGUGGCCAGUCCCGUGGCGAUUACCUGGACAUAGUGGUUAAUGGGCUUUUAAUGGAAGAAGAAAGUCACAGAUGUUGUGUGCCGUUUGUUAUAAGAGCUUUGUUUAGUAAACAACGGCACGCAGUCUUGGCUUAUCUAGUUUGCUUUUGGAACUCUUGUCGUUGUGUUUUCUCUUUUGCUAUUUGAAGAAAGAAAUCUUCUCCGGUCACAAGGAUAGCUGGGUUGGGUCUUUUAUUAGCUGUUUUAUCAUGUGACUUGAAUAUUUAAAUGAAAAGUAAAAUGGUUGGACUUUUUAGCUGUUAA